UGUUGUAUUGAAAUGUAGACAGCAGGUUAUUGUGUAUGGAAAUUGUUUCUGGUCGAAAAGUUCGCACAAAUUUCAUAUGCGCUGUACGCUUUUGUUUGUAGUAAUCUGCGUAUUUAGGUAUUACUGACUCGACGAUCGGGGUUUGAUUCCUAGCAGGGCUAGGUGCAGGGAUUUUUGCCUGCGUCACUGCCUGGCGAACAACACAACAGCCAGCCAGCCAUCGUUAUGCUCCUUGCUGCUGUGCCGGAAGCUUUGAAACGAAAUAUUGUGUCGUAGUUGUCUAUGAACACUGGUAAUACGUGUGUCGUAAUAUGGCGGAAAUUGUAAUGGCGUUUGGAAGUGUAAUUUAGGAGUAAUUUUCAUUUUUACUGUAAUCAUUGUGUUCCAAGGUCCUUUAAGUGAUUUUGAAUUAUGGCCGAAUUCAGUGAUAAAGAAACAUUAGAAAGUUGGGUGAACAGUAAACUGUCAGCAAUAUUAGACUUCCCAGUGCCGCAGGAUUUGACAAAAUAUAUAUUGUCAAUAGAAAAUGCUAGAGACCUUGAAGACUACCUCAAAACCCUUCUCAACUUUAGUAGUGCUCAUCAUCGGCAGUUUUAUGAGGAAUUGCUACAGAAACGCCAAGUAGGAUUUACUGGGUUGCCACUGGACAUCCAAGGCUACAAGAAGUCUGAGACAGAACAGAUUUAUGUUCAUCCUAAACAGACAGAAAAGAAGAAGAAGUCUAAAGGCCAGUUUGAAGACACCUCACAGAAGGAAAAUGUAAAGGAACCUCAAGGCAAAAAGAAAUCCAAGUUUGUUAACCUUUACUCUUCAGAUGGCCAGGCCAGAGAUGUUGUUAUCCUGAAAGGCCGUCAUCGUUGUGAUUGUCAGGCUAGCAAGCAUAGACUGGUGAGUAACUGUCUCAAGUGCGGCCGUAUCGUAUGCGAACAGGAGGGUUCCGGUCCGUGCCUCUUCUGUGGUAAUCUGGUUUGUUCCCGAGAAGAGGAGCUGUUGUUGGCUUCAGGCUCGAAGAGAGCCGAACAUCUGUUGCAGAAACUUGUAGAGCAAAAGAAACCUGAAGGUUUGGAAUCUGCAAUCCAGCAUAGAAACAAGCUGCUGGAGUAUGACAAAACGAGUGAGCGGCGCACGAAGGUGAUCGAUGAUGAGAGUGACUACUUCCCUGUGAACUCCAUUUGGCUGUCUAAAGCAGAGCGGGAGAAACUGCAACAACAAGAAGAGGAGCUUCAGGCAAGGCACCAUUUGUCUCGUCUCGACAGGAGACUCACCCUAGACUUUGCAGGACGCAAGGUUUUGGAGUGUGAUGAUCCAGAGUAUUUUUACGACCCAGAGGACAUUGUGCUGAAGGAAAUCAGUGAAAGCAUUAAGGAGAAUAGAAGGGCUGUGAUGAACGGAGGCAGUGUGAACCCAGGAGUCUUGCGCACGCAGCCUAUUUUCCAGGAGGCAGUAGGAAGGUCCCUGCAGCCCACCUCGCUCAGCCUGCAGGGCACCACAAGUUUUCACAGGCGGGUGCAGGAUCGAGAGCUAAUCGAGAUGCUUGACGAGGGUUGUUGCUUAACCUUGCACCAGCCCUGGGCUUCGCUGUUCGUUGCAGGCAUCAAGUUGCACGAGGGCCGCACAUGGUACACAUCACAUCGAGGCCGUCUGUGGAUUGCUGCAGCCCUGAAGGUCCCCACUCCUCAAGAGAUUCAGACUGCAGAGCAUUUAUAUGAAGUUCUGAAGGGAGGUGAGAGGUUGCAGUUCCCAUUGCAGUACCCCACCAGCUGCCUGCUGGGAUGUGUGUAUAUGGUUGACUGCCUACCCCAAGAGGAGUACCGUGUCAAGUUCCCUGAAGGGGAGAGUGACAGCCCGUUUGUUUUCGUAUGUGAAGAUGCCCAGAAGUUGCCCAUCCGAUUUCCAAUACAAGGAAAACACAAAAUUUAUAAGUUGGACCCAAAAAUUCAUGCUGCUGCUCGGAAGUCUUUGCAGAGGGUGGCCGAAUUGCAAGCUGAAUGGGCUACAGUUCACUGAGCGACCAGCAGUGCCCUUAUUUGUUGGGCCUUCCACCCCAAAUGUGUUUAUUAUAUGCACUUUAUAUCAGUCAGUAUGUGAUAAGAUCAUUAUAUUAAGCAACUGAACAUAUUGUUUUACUUGAUUGCUCUAGAACUGGAUAGGAUCCUGCCCUACCACAAAUCCAUCUCAGAUCAGUUACUCUAGUUUCCUGUGACCCAGUUUCAUGUUGCCUUCUCACAUGAUACUUUGUCUCUCAAGUGAACUGUUCCUCAAUCAUAGACUGUUAAAAGUGUAUAUGGUUUUCUGAGGCCUGGUACCAUAUCUGCAUCACCUUGUAGUGUACAAAUAAUCUACAGUUGAUUUACUCCUUCGAACAGAGUCCUUGAGAAGCUGAUAACACAUAUAAUAAGAUAAACCCCUGCUUUUUAUGUAACUUGACUUUAUUUCCAUAUUUACAAGCCCACACCACUGAACACUAUUCUGAGCCAGAUGAAUUCAGCCUGCUCUCCAUGCUCCAUUUUAAUGUUAUCCUCCCAUGUGUGCCUUCAUCUCUGAAGGUGAUCACUUUCCUUGGGCUUUCUAAAUAAAAUUUUGUAUACAUUUUUCAUGCUGUGCAUGCUGGUUGCCCCAUCCAUUUCAUCCUUGGUUUCAUUAUUGUAAUACUGUUUUGUUAAGUGUACAAAUUGUGAAGCUCUUUAUGAUCUAGUUUACAUUCUCCCUCUUAGGUCAAAGUAUUUUCUACAUUCUCUUCUCAGCAAGACAAGAUUAUACUUUUGUAUAGGUUUAAUAGGAGCUUGGAAAAUGCAGUACUGUGGUUAAAAGGGGCCCACAUAACUUGUUUUCUUACCUCAGUAAUUGAUUAUUGAUUCAUUUUACAUGGACGUAAUUUAAACUUUGUGUAGUGCACAUUGUAUUUUGUUAUUUAUGUCAUACACGAUAAACAUUUGAGGUUCUUACGGCAGUGAAGUCAUAGAUUUUGGUCUUCUGGGCUGUGAUGUCGUGCAGUCUUUAUAGGUGGCUACCAUUGUUUCAAAGGAAUACGUGAUCUCCACCUUGAGGUUUAGGUGUAGCUGUGAUUAUUUCUGUUGUUGCUUAUAUUAUGAGUAAUAUAGAUAAGAUCAAUGACUAAACAUACCAGCUGUCCAAAAAACAUGUAUACACAUUAUAAUAUGGAAUAUUUACCAUGUUUGCAUGUAUUUUGGGACAUUCGGUAUUUAAUUCUAUUUAGUCCUGGUUUGUACCACAUAUUCUUGUUACACUGGUCUCACACCAAAAAUGUUCUGGUGCUCACCAUUAUUUGUUUAUUCUUUUAUUAUGCUAAUGAUCAGAUAUAAGUUGUGUCAGAAUCAGUGUAUCACAAGUAACAGUGAAAGAAAUUGAAUGUAUGGUUGUGGUUGAGCUGGAGAAGGCCUGGUGGGCAGCAAGAAAUUAAAAACUUAUGAAACAUUUA